CGGUAGUGUACGUUUUGCGGUCAUCGUGCGAGCUCCAUCCGCGACGCGCAGUGGUGAAUGUUAUCGAAACACAUACUUGAACAUUUCAUUUCAUUUUAUUAAAAUUUUUUAAAAGGUUAACUAUUCGUUAUCGGUUUUCGCGCCAUCCGUUAAUUUUUUAUUUAUCGUUUAUCCAUCGCAUUCAUUCGGUUUACGACGCCCAAGACGAUAUCUACGGGAAAAUCCACGAUGUCCGUGUCCACAUUGAACAUGACGCCCUACUUCACCGGAUACCCGUUUCAAGGCCAGGGCCGCAUGAACCAGCUCGGUGGCGUGUUUAUCAACGGUCGGCCACUUCCCAACCACAUCAGGCUGAAGAUUGUCGAAAUGGCCGCGGCCGGUGUCCGUCCGUGCGUCAUAUCCAGACAGCUCCGAGUGUCCCACGGUUGCGUGUCGAAAAUCCUUAAUCGGUACCAAGAGACCGGAAGCAUACGGCCCGGCGUGAUCGGCGGUAGCAAGCCUAGAGUGGCCACGCCGGACGUGGAGAGGCGCAUCGAAGAGUACAAGAAGGCCAACCCGGCCAUGUUCAGCUGGGAGAUCCGUGACAAGCUCGUAAAGCAGGACGGCAUUUGUGACAAAAACUCGGCCCCAUCUAUCAGUUCCAUCAGCCGACUACUGCGCGGUGGUAGAAGGGACGAGCUGAAAAACCAUUCAAUCGACGGGAUUUUGGGUCCUAGCAGCGCUGACGACUCGGACACGGAAUCGGAACCGGGUUUCCACUUGAAACGUAAACAGCGUCGAAGCCGGACCACGUUUACGGGCGAGCAGCUUGAAGACUUGGAGCGCGCAUUCCAUAAGUCCCAGUACCCGGACGUCUAUACCAGAGAAGAGCUAGCCCAAAAAACCAAAUUGACCGAGGCCAGAGUGCAAGUGUGGUUCAGUAAUCGUCGGGCUCGUCUCCGGAAGCAAAUGGGCACGCACCAGCACAUGAACGCUGCGGCUGCGGUAGCGUUCAACCCGGCUGCGGCGGUCGUAAGCCUUUCGGCCGGCUCGUUCCAGUCCGCGCCCGGCGGCCAACACGGAGCUCACGGCCAGUACAGCGGCCACGACCAUCACUCGACCGCCGCCGCGUCAAACUUCAAUUCUCCCCAAGGGACUUCCCACGGCACGUGGCCCACCGCCGCCGCCGCCACUGGAUACUAUCCGUCGACGACCUGCAACUACGGCAGUGGCGUGAACGGUGGCACACCCGUCGACGCGAUGUACCAUCAUCCGCACCACGCGCAUCAUCAGAACAACAACAACAACAACAACAACAACAGCAACAACAACAACGGCGGCGCGUCGUAUUCGCCACAGGGUCCGGCGGUCGACCAUCACUCGCUGGCAUGGACAAAGCCAAACAAGGACGUAACGGCUGUCGCCUCCACUUGGAGUCCUGACAAUUACUCGUUCUUCGCCGGCAGCAACACUUUAUACGGGUCUGGUACAAAUUUGGCUCCGCACUCGGCCAGCGAAGCUAAGUCUGGUUAUCCGUACUUCGGUCAACUGUCCCAAAUGGACGCCAUGUGCGGCAGGGUACAUUAAUUGCAUUAACGUCAGCGGUGACGGCGAUUAUGACAUCGUCGGGAGACACGUCGUGCCGUUUAGAACUCGACCUCUUUCAUUUCUUCUAAUCCCGUAGGUUCUAUCAUAUUUAUAUUAUUGCUCUGUUUAUUUUAGACGCGCCCGAUCCGCGGUGAUAUAAACUGCGCAAGAACAUGCUAGGAUUUAUUAUAAUAUAAUAUAUCAAUUAUUUUAUUGUGUAUUUUUGUAUAUUAAGCUACUACCUACUACUACUAUU